GUGGGCGUGUCAAUGCGGGUGGAGUAUUUUCACUCUACUGAACCUCUGAGGAGUGAAUUAUUACUGGCUGUGCAGCACACAGGAGGGAGCUUAUCGCUCGGCAACUCUGAAAAUAUCAUUUUGACAAAUUUAUGAAGGAAAAAAUAGUUUAAUCUGGAAUUGUGGGGUUUAUGGAGCAUAAAGUGGGGAAAAGAACUCCAAAGGACUGUUUGGACACGCAUUAAAGGUUGCGUUAACGUUAAUGGCAGGCAGCACCUGAAACCUGUUGCGUCAAAUACUAACGCGUGAGGUGAUUUUAUUUUGCUAGGUUUAUUAUGCCUGAAAAUUAAUAUGCCUUUUUAUGCGUCGGCGUUUCUUUUCCCCCUGAUAUUUUCGUCGCUUAUUUUGUGUUUUUGGGGGUUUCUGGUUGUGAAUCGUAACCUUUCGCCGGAUCAUCGGAUGCGUUCACCUGCCAUGUGGAAUGUAAAACUGAGUCGAAGGGAAACUGACGCUUAAAGUGUUACUUCGUUACAAAGAAUCUGCGGAAAAUGAACUUUCGACCUUUACACGGUUUUCUCGGUGAAUGAUUGAUUGACCAUUCAGUCCACGGACGCGCGUGCUUUUCUACGCCCGUGUUUGAAAUGCACUCUCACAGUCGGAAGAAAGUGCGCUCGAGGUCUGGAAUGAAACUUCACCGUGAUUUACAACCUUGUGGACUGUGGACAUGCUGCUGGAGCUAUUAAGGUUUCCUUUUGGGAUUUCUUCUUUCCGAAAAGCAGCAAUAAAUUAAAAAAGGAAAAAGAAGAAAGAGGAAAAAGCCGAGCUGAGAAAAUACUCAAGAAUUGAAAUGCAUAUUUUUUUCAGUAUGAGGAAACCUGCAGAUAAGCCUCACUUCACCGCGGCGACCUCAGGUAUGCACCUGGUUGGAUUUUACCUACAUUUUCUCCUCCUGUCUCGGUUCUGUGAUGCUGCCUCUAAGGAUAUAGUGUGUGAGCCCAUCACGGUCCCCAUGUGCAAAGGCAUCGGUUACAACCACACGUACAUGCCCAACCAAUUCAAUCAUGACACCCAAGAGGAAGUCGGCCUGGAGGUGCACCAGUUCUGGCCGCUCGUCCGCAUCCGUUGCUCCCCUGACUUGCUUUUCUUCCUCUGCAGCAUGUACACUCCCAUUUGUCUGCAGGACUAUAAAAAGCCCCUGCCGCCGUGCAGAUCUGUGUGUGAGAGAGCCAAGAGGGGCUGCUCUCCUCUCAUGAUCCAGUAUGGGUUCGAGUGGCCAGAGCGGAUGAGUUGUGAGCAGCUGCCCAUGCUGGGCGAUACCGAUCGGCUGUGUAUGGACCGUAACAGCAGCGAGACCACGACUCUAUCGCCUCCCUUCCCCAAACCCACCCCUAAGGAAACGCUGAGGCACAAAGCCACUGCCAAAUCAGCUUCGCCCCAGAAAUGUGACCGUGAGUGCCGGUGCAGAGACCCCCUGGUGCCCAUCAAAAAAGAAGCACAUCUUUAUAACCGCGUGCAUACCGGCUCUGUGCCCAACUGUGCUUUGCCGUGCCACCAACCUUACUUUUCUCCGGAUGAGCGGACGUUUACGACCUUUUGGAUAGGCCUGUGGUCGGUGCUGUGCUUUGUCUCCACGUUCACCACCGUUGCCACUUUUCUUAUAGACAUGGAGCGUUUCAAAUAUCCAGAGCGGCCUAUUAUCUUUCUGGCUGCUUGUUAUCUGUUUGUGUCGCUGGGGUAUAUCGUACGACUGCUUGCGGGCCAUGAGCGGGUGGCUUGCGAGGGCUCCGGCGAUCAACAGCACAUUCUCUACGACACCACGGGUCCGGCCCUGUGCACUCUGGUCUUCCUUCUCAUAUACUUUUUUGGAAUGGCUAGCUCCAUCUGGUGGGUGGUGCUGUCUUUUACUUGGUUCCUGGCGGCGGGGAUGAAAUGGGGAAAUGAGGCUAUCGCAGGCUACUCCCAGUAUUUCCACCUCGCCGCUUGGCUUGUGCCUAGCGUCAAGUCUAUUGCUGUACUAGCCUUAAGUUCGGUGGAUGGCGACCCUUUGGCAGGCAUCUGUUACGUCGGCAACCAGAGCCUAGAAAGCCUGCGUGGCUUUGUGUUGGCCCCUCUUGUGGUUUACCUAUUCACCGGAUCGCUCUUCCUGCUCGCCGGCUUCGUUUCGCUAUUCAGAAUCCGUAGCGUCAUUAAGCAAGGAGGAACCAAGACUGACAAGCUAGAGAAGUUAAUGAUCCGGAUUGGGCUGUUUACAGUCCUUUACACUGUGCCCGCAACUAUCGUAGUGGCCUGCCUGGUGUACGAGCAACAUUUCAGGCCAGGCUGGGAGCGGGCGCUGGCCUGUUCGUGCCCAUCCGAACGCCAGCGCUUGGGCAUGGGCCCAGACUAUGCUGUGUUUAUGCUGAAGUAUUUCAUGUGUCUGGUGGUAGGCAUCACUUCAGGCGUGUGGAUCUGGUCAGGGAAGACUCUGGAGUCAUGGAGGCGCUUUGUGGCACGUUACGUCCCCUGUAGAACCCGUAAGCCGCCCGUGUUGGCCUCAUCCAUGUACAGUGAGGCCAGUAAUGCUCUUACGGCCCGAGCUGGAACAGCGCCCACUGGGACCUACCACAAAUCAGCCCCAUCAUCACACGUUUGAACAUUGGCUGGAUUGUCCCCGUCCUUUAUAAAUCGUGCAAGCGAGUGACGUAUGAAGUGCAGGUCGUGACUCUGAAUGAGCAGGUGUCUGUUCGACCUUCCAGUGACAUCUCUGCAACAUAUGUGAUGGACAGCACAGUUACACUAUGAAGGAUUUUUAUAGACUGAUGGUCGUUUCAUUGUAGUCGAACACUUCUCGUUCUUGGAUGUAAUUUGGAAAGCAAUGAAAUUGUCUAUACUGUACUAAAAAAAAGUGUCACCAUCAUUUUAGUCAUUGUCUGUGGCUUUUAGAGCAUGAAUUAUGGAAAAAAGAUCUGAGAUGGUUAAUGCUUGAAUCAAGUUCUUACUGUUGAUGGUGAUGUUUUAUUUAUUUGUUUAUUCUUGUAAAUAUGCGUUUGAAGAACGUUGUGAUAAUGCAGCUAACAGUCGCUCUGUCGUGUUUGAGACUAUCAACAUAUUUACAGGAUGUGGGUUAGACCUUGUUUUGUGGCAUCAUUUUAAACACCGUCCUAAUAAAAUUUACAAAUGUAUUUUUUAGGUAAAACGUGACGCUUGUAUGGGUUCUCUGUGAAUAACAGGAACGCUUACUGUGCAGGUUAAUACAACAUGUAAGAAAUUGGGAGGAAAAUGCGGUAGUCUAGUGUUAAAUUUAUGACUUUGUUUAUCAAUGUCCUUCUUAAUACUGCUAAUGGAUUGUUGGUUAGCAUCUGUUGGGCAGUUUAAAGAAUAUUUAGUUUUAUCAUCUGAGCUUGACUUCCCUCUUGUAGUCAAUGGUUUAACCUUUACACAAGGUUUAGUUGUUACCCAGCAGACAUACUAGCUUUGUUGAAAAAAAAGAAAAUGCCAAAUAUUAGGUUUUAAACACUGUAGAGGUUUUGAUCCAUAUGUCAAAUGCUUAUUCGGAUUGAAUUCUGUCUCAAUCUGUUAACCUCUGUCCGUUUUGACUUCUCUUUGCUGUCCCAGUUGGUUUAGAAAUAGGUUUUCCACUUUUGAAAUUCUUAAAUGAUCCCAAGCGAACUCUGAACUCAACAUCUAGCCCAUUUCCUCUGCAUCACUUACAGUUGUAUUGCUUUUGUUUGUGUACAGAAUUGUUUGGGUCUAUUCAUUUGUAAAUCUUGAAAAAGACUCGAGUCCAGACUGCAACUUGUACAUAUUUUGUUUAGUAAAAAACGAGUGCUACAGUUUUAAAUAUCUAAAAAAUCUCUUUAUGUAAAGUGUCUUAUAUGUUUCUUUUGUUUCUCUUACUGGUAGAGAAUAAAAGUGAGCAGCAAUCUGUGAACCUGCAAGUCAGAU